UCUCCAGAACCUGCACAGCUGCUGACGCUACAGGAAUGGCCACAGCUCCACCAGAUAACCACCAGCCUGUGGUUGUUGCUUUGCCGCAGUAUGUCUGUCCUGAAGUCCACACUCAGCCUCACAUGAUGGUCCAUCAGAGCGCCGUGAACAUCCCAGCUGUGCAGCCCAGCGAUGACAUCAUCUGGUCUCUCGCUUGCUUCAUGUAUGGGAAUCCGCUCUGCCUGGGACUGGCGGCCCUCAUCUUCUCCGUAAAGGCCAGAGACCGGAAGGUGGUUGGAGAU